AUGAUCUUUUCCAUACUAAUUCUUCUUCUUUUGCAUACCUCUCUUUCACACUGUCCUCUCUCUCUCUCUCUCUCUCUCUCUCUCUCUCUCUCUCUCUCUCUCUCUCUCUCUCUCUCUCACUCUGCCACCGGGGACUCGGACUAUGAAUUGGUUUAUGAACCAGCUAUUGCCAGGAAGAGAAGCUAUAAUCACAUACUCUCUCUCUCUCUCUCUCUCUCUCUCUCUCUCUCUCUCUCUCUCUCUCUCUCUCCAGUUAUUUUUCUUUACUCUGUUUCCCUCUCUUUAUUUUUGUCGUCUCCUCCUCCUCCCUCCUUAAUUCGCUUUACUUUCUUUAUAACCUUUUCUCUCUUUUAUUCCACUAACUCUCUCUUGCGACAUUUUAUUCUUUUUUUCUUUUUCGACAAACACAUUUUCGGCUCCUCUUUCUUGUUUAUUAAAAUUUUCUUCUGUCUUUCUCUUCAUGGAAUAUUAUAA